UAGAAACGACGCUAUGACAACGCAGUAAAUGAGCCGUCGAUGACAACAAGGGGCCAGGUAGAAAGUAAAGUAAAAUGUCCAGAGACCCCUUUUCCUUUCCUCGGUUUGAGAACGAUAACGAUUUUUCCUCAGGAAAACAGAUUCAGAAACCAAUGCAGAGAGAAAGAACUUUAUCGUCUCAAAGAGAUGAACCGUGGAAUCGCUUAUAUGAAACAAAAACUCUAGCUAGUGUCCGUCGUGAAAUAUUUCACCAUGAUCCGCAGACUCCGAACGAUAGUUUGGAUUUCGUUAUUAAGUCUGUUUACGAUCACCAUCAAGAAUUUUUACAAUCUAGUGCCCAGACUUUAUAUCAACCAGAAACCCUGGGUUUACCACAUGGGCGAGUGUUAAAGAACCGUUCGGACCCAUCAUCCAUGGACAAUGCUGCGGGAAAGAAAAUUCCAAUUGUAUCCAUGUCUGACAAAAAAGAAAGUAUCCAUAGUAUAAACGGAGCCAUACCGAGCCAUCACAGCGCUGCCACAAACAGAGGGUACUCUCGAAAACAUGAUGGCGGCUUUUAUGGAUGUUGAUUGAUUCAUUUAUUUAUUUUUAAUAUAUUUUUAUAUUUAAUGCAAGUGAUUCAUAUAUUUGUAUAUAUUUUUGUAAGUACUUUUUAUUGCUCUAGUGAUUAUAUAAAUCCAGGUGGGUAUUUUUCAUUCGUUAGGCAAGGUCUUAGCUAGCUAAAAACAUUUUGUCAGCUUCAGUGUUCAGUAAAAUUGCAAGCGCAGCUGUUUUGGUUCGUUUGAUAUAAUGCAAAGUUUUUAGGAAAUUUUUUUUUUUUAAUGUUGUAUUUUAAAAAUUUAUUUUUCCUAUAAAUAUAUAAUCGGAAAUCUGUAA